CCGGAUCGCUCAGGGUGGAAAGGACGCAUCGAGGCCCGGUGAGUUUGGAAGGCCGGGUAGCGACCUUGAGGCGGCAAAGGAACGUGCGGCGGCCCAUUGCCUCAUUAGACGAGGCCGAUCCUGCAUGGAUGUUUCUUACUCGAGUACUAUUUCGAAACAGAAUUCCUGGAAAACAAUGGAUUGGUAAACACAGACGGCCAAGAUUCGUUAGUCCUUUAAUGAAGGCAAAUAUGAUUAGGAGACUUGAAAUUGAAGCUGAAAAUGAAUAUUGGCUAAGUUGUUCAUAUAUGACAAAAGAGCAGGAGUAUCGCCACGAUGAAGAAAAUGUAUUUGCAUUAAAGCAGCAAAAAAUAGCUGAACAGAAAGCAAAGUUUCCUGAACACAAGUAUGCUUCAGAAUAUCUGAAACAUCUUAACGUAUCCAAGAGAUGGGCAGAUUCCUGAUAUGUGUCCUUUGCCAUUCUAAUGGAUUUUAUGGAUUCAGUGGGCUUGCUUUUGGGGACAAUGUGAAACAAUGCCACAAAGUCAAUAAAUAUAUUCUCAUUUUCAAUCA